UUCGGGGUUGGUCAAAACGGUUAUAGUGUAGUUGCGGGGCUCUAGUCUCUACAAAUCGACAUUGCGGAGAGGAGAGAGAGACGAGAGCAGAUGGAUCCAAAGCUAUCAGAAGUAUCGCAAUUGUGUGAGCUAUUCAAAGCCGCCUUGGUCCGUAACGACUUCGAUAAAUGCGCAACUCUCCUUUCUCAACUCAAGGUUUUGCUGACGGCAUUCCGAAGUCUUCCUCCAUUAUUCGAAGCAACACCUAGUGCAAUACAUGAGUUGACUGUAGCAAGGGACAUAUAUGAGCAUGCAGUCAUAUUGAGUGUUAAGACUGAAGAUCAGGAUGCUUUUGAGAGGGACUUCUUUCAGCUGAAGCCUUAUUACACAGAUGCAGGGGACCGCCUUCCACAAUCUCAGCAGGAGUUUCCCAUUUUGGGUCUCAAUCUUCUGAGACUCCUUGUGCAGAACAGAAUUGCUGAAUUCCACACUGAAUUGGAGUUACUUUCAGCAAGUGCACUGGAGAAUCCUUGCAUCAAUCAUGCUGUUGAGUUGGAGCAAUCCUUCAUGGAAGGUGCUUACAACCGGGUAUUGACUGCUAGGCAGAAGGUUCCUCAUGAAACAUAUGUUUACUUCAUGGAUCUUCUAGCAAAAACAGUCAGGGACGAAAUAGCUGGAUGCAGCGAAAAGGCAUAUGACUCUCUUUCUAUUAAUGACGCACGUCAAAUGCUUAUGUUCUCUUCAGAUCAAGAACUGUCUGGAUAUAUUAAUGAGGAGCACCCUGAAUGGGAGAUAAAGAACGGACAUGUGAUUUUCCAGAAGGCGAAGGAAUCUGCCCCAUGCAAGGAGAUACCAUCUCUACAACUCAUAACUCAGACACUCAGUUACGCCAGGGAGUUGGAACGCAUUGUUUGAGGAAGCACUAGCAUAUGUUGUCCGCAAUGCUGCCUGCUAUUUUCCAUUGAUUUCCUGUUUUACGCUAAAAUUGUUAUCUUUGUUAUUCUUUUUGCUAGAAGCGCCUGUGCUUAGUUUGUUGAUUCAGUUGAAGAAUGACAUCCUUAUUUUCAUUCAGCAUAAUGAAAGCCAAAAAAGUCGUGAAAGUUGCCUUUGGUAAUCCUGUUGCUCGAAAACACUGUAUCAGUUUCUGUUUAUAAAAUAUUUUGUUUUAAGCGCAAA